GCCCGACUUGGCCACCUCCCAGCGGUCGACGCGAAUUCCCACGGGAUCGCACCGGAGAUCGCUUGCCGGAGCGGAUCAGCGGCGGCUAGUGAUCCGACGCCGGGAUGGCGGGGGCGGGGGCGGCGGAUCUGAGCGCAGCGGCGCACGUGAGCGCGCUGCCGCUGCAGGUUGACCUCAUGCAGCUGCCGCCGGAGGUGCCCGCGCCGGGGGCGCCCGCGCUCCGCGGCGUCCUCGACCGCCUCUUCGCGCACUGGCUCUCGCUCCCGGACACCGCCGCGCUGGUGGGGAACCUUGUGCAGAAGGCCAAGGCGAGCGGCGGCGGUGCGGCGGGGGGGCCGGGGGCCUCCAUGCUGCCGUCGAUGAUGCUGCAGGGGGGCGCCGCCGUGCCUCCGCUCUCCCCGAGGUCGCCGCGGCUCUCGAGGAGGCCCAGCGGGGUCGGAGUCGUCCAGCCCAACCGCUCUGCGUCGCCGCUCCGACCCGCCGCGGCCCGCGCCGCCAAGGAGGUCAUACCGCAGUUUUAUUUUCAAGAUGGCCGGCCACCGCCGUAUGAGGUGAAGAAGCAGUGCAUAUCGACAGUUGAUCAGCUCUUCGCCGGGCAUUCGAAUGGUCUUCGGGCUCAAGAAUUUCGGAUGGUUACCAGGGAACUCUGCAAACUACCGACAUUCUUUACCACUGUUAUGUUUGAAAAGAUUGAUAAGGAGAACACCGGAUUCGUCACAAGGGAGGCCUUCAUUGAUUUCUGGGUGAAUAGCAAUUUGAUGAGUAUGGAUAGUGCAGCCCAAGUAUUCACAAUUCUGAAGCAACAGAAUCACAAUUACCUCACAAAGGAGGAUUUUAAACCGAUUCUUAAAGACCUUUUGGACAACCAUCCUGGCCUGGAGUUCUUAAAGAGCACACCUGAAUUUCAAGAAAGAUAUGCUGAGACUGUCGUAUAUAGGAUAUUCUAUUGCUUGAAUCAAAUUGGAAGUGGCUAUCUAACACUUAGAGAGCUGAAGCGUGGAAAUCUACUUAGUGCUCUCAGGCAUGCUGAUGAAGAAGAGGAUAUUAAUAAAGUUUUAAGGUAUUUCUCGUAUGAGCAUUUCUAUGUGAUAUAUUGCAAGUUCUGGGAGCUGGACACAGACCACGAUUUCUUUAUUGAUAGAGAAAAUCUUAUUAAGUAUGGAAACCAUGCAUUGACAUAUAGGAUUGUAGACAGAAUUUUCUCAGAGGUUCCUAGGAAAUUUACCAGCAAGGUUGAAGGGAAAAUGGGCUAUGAAGAUUUCGUUCAUUUUAUAUUGUCUGAAGAGGACAAAUCAUCUGGGCCAAGCCAGGAAUAUUGGUUCAAAUGUAUAGAUUUGGAUGGCAAUGGCAUACUCACACACAAUGAACUACAGUUCUUUUUUCAAGAGCAGCUUCAUCGCAUGGAAUGCAUGGCCCAGGAACCUGUUCUAUUUGAGGACAUCUUGUGUCAGCUCAUUGAUAUGAUUGGACCUGAGGAUGAUAGCUUUUUGACAUUGAAAGACUUCCGAAGGUGCACACUGUCUGGGCAUUUCUUUAACAUCCUCUUUAAUCUGAACAAAUUUAUGGUCUUCGAAGCUAGGGAUCCAUUCCUCAUCCGCCAAAUGCGUGAAGAGCCAUCAUUAACAGACUGGGAUCGUUUUGCACGAAGAGAGUAUGUAAGAUUGGCGACGGAAGAAGAUGGUGAAGAUGCUUCCAAUGCAAGUGGAGAUGUUUGGGAUGAGUCACUUGAAUCUCCUUUCUAGAUUGAAUACGUUGUGGCAUUUGGGGAAGACAUGUCAGAUCAUUCACAUAAUAAUCUCAAGGCGAAACCGUGAUGGCGGUAAAACAUCAAACAGUUACUUGAUAUCUCAUCUCUACAGAAACUAUAGUUGAGACAGCUGCACACUUUCUGGCACCAUCCAAAUUUUGACAUAGAAGCAAAGACAAAUACUUCCAUCUAGUUUGUUGUGGAGUCCAUUUGGUACUUGGUGACAGUGAGGUUUAGUAGCACUCGCAUCCAUAGUAUUGCUGUUAUACUUCAAUCGAUUGAUUCAUGGCAGCAACAGGCACAGGGCACCUUGUGAUUAUUCUGAAGGCACAUUCAAAGUCUAGUGACAAAUAAGGAGAAGAGCAUGAGUCCUUGCAGUGGAUGCAAUCAUCAUAUGGUAGAUCUGGCACCACAAAUAUUUGUUUCUCAUAGUGUUUUUAUUAGAUAUCUGUCAAUAUUCUUUCUUUGUUCAAUAAUGCCAUCGAGAAGACCAUUCUUUCUUGUGUAUUUUGUAUCUUUGUUAGAUUGUAGUCACAUGAACAAUGAGCUGUAAUACUAUCACACAGGAUUUAUUUUUAUUUUUCUAAUGCACUGUUUAGACGUAA